UUGGUCUCGUUUUAAAGUGCGGAAGUUGCGGUUUACCCUCGUUAUUAUUUGAAGUCAAUCGACCAACUAAAACGUGAGAUAUUGUCAUUUAAGUUUGAUAGUUUUAUUGUCCUCUCAAAAAAACAUUAAAACGCUGCAUGGAUCAUUUGUUUAUGUCUAUAUUUCGAUCACUUCUUGUCCUUUUUCAAAACGGAAGCUCCAUGAAAAAAAACACAAAUCAAACGAACCCUUUCGAAGUCACAGUGGAAGCACAAAAUGCGUUUUUUUUUUAUAAAUAAAACUGCCGUGCGAGGUUCCACCGAACGAGAGGGAGGAGUGUUCUGAAGCAGCGAGGUGGCGAGCGGCGGCCGUUUGGAUCAAGCAGCGACUUUGUGUGACUUUGAGAAUGAACGGAAAACUAAAUUUAGCGCAAGCAAUUGUGCUUUUUGAUCAACUUGAGGAAGAGGAUGGUCUAAAUUCGUCAUCAUCGUCUUCUUCGGAAGAGUCCUCGAGUGAAGAUAGUGACGGAUUUGAACACGUGGGUGACGCCAUCGACGAGCAGAGUGACAAUGAAAAAUCUACAUUCACUGCCCGAAUGGAAAGAGGACGAGGGAGAAGGGGUCAUCACGGAAGAGCGAUGAGAUGUCAGCGGAGGAGAGGCUGGAGAAGUCAGCGCGGCAGAAGCCGAUCACCACUGGCUCAGCCUGCACCUGUGCCAUGGAGCACAGAGCAAGACACAGACACUGCCCCACAGUGCAGCCGGUUCACACCCCGGAGACCACCAGGACCUCAGGUGAAUCGUGACCAUGCAUACACCCCAAAAGAACUUUUUGACCUGUUCUUCACCUCAUCGACACUGAUGAAUAUGUGCAAACACACAAACCAGUAUGGCAGAGUCCGAAAAGAGAUUGGGAAAAAGUUUGUGUGGACAGACACUACAGUGGAGGAGCUUGAAAAAUUUAUUGGACUCCUCUUGUACAUGUCUUUGGUUUCACUUCCAACUGUGCAAGAUUAUUGGAAGGCAAGGAAUUCCAGGACGUAACAGCUUUUCAGAGUGGCAUGCCUGAAAAAAUUUUAACUUGUUUAUUGUAAAUAUUUUUGAAAAUACUUUUUUUUCCAAUGCUAUAUAUAUUUUUUUCCCCACAAUCAGUCUUCUCAAUUUGUGUGUAUAAAUGUGUGUUCAAGAAGCUUGAUUGUGUGUACAUAGUUUUCAUCAGGUGAUGGGCCGCAAUA